AUGGCCGGAGACGUGACGGAGUUGUUUGAUGUUCUUGCCGGAAAGCUCCGGCCGGGCCACAAGAAUUCGGGAGGAGGUGAAGGUCAAGUGGGUUCGUCCUUGAGCCGCACGUCCAUUCUCAACGCACAGUACCGCGGCUCCUCCGACAACACCGUGCUUGGGAUGGCGAACCUCAAGCGCAUCCAGAACUUCCUGGAUGAGCCACAAAAGCAUCUUGGCCAGGUUAUCGCGGACAUCGAGAAGGAGGCCGGGAGUUUCUACGGCCAGGUGUCCUCCCGCCGGCAGGGAUCCGGGGCAGGGAAACAAAGGAUGCAGAGAGGAGCGCCCCAGUCCCCCGGAGCGACGCCGGCCCAGGCAAUCUCUCUCGAGGAUGUGCCGGAGAUGAAUAAAUACCUUGGGCCGAGUUCUCGCUUCGGAGAUGGGGACGGCUCCUUCUGGGAUAGGUGGUUGACCACAACUGGCCAUUUUACGGAACAGGGGAGCUACGCGAAGGCGGACAUGCCAACUCGCAGCAUGUACUCCACUGGAGUGGUUCCGCCGCACAGCGGGUUCAAGAGGUAUCAACUCGACAAGCUCGCCUUCACCAAACAUCCCGAACCCAGGGUGCUCACGUACGCGGCCCGUAGGGAGCUGGGAGUCAGUAUCAAGUCGGACGAAGCGCCGAAGCGCCUACGCGGCGCAUAUUCCGAGAGUACUCUUGGUCCAGAUAGGCGAAAUUGGCUAGAUGAGGUUGUGCUGGCUAAGGCCGCGGAAGAUUUCAAGUCCGAAACGAACAAAAAACUGGAGCGGCAGCAGUCCGCACAGCGUUCGUCAGAUGAACACGAAAGACCGACUUCUGGGGAUGAACAUUCCUCUACCACAUCGAGGUCACAGGAUGUCGGCAUCCGAUCAGAAGGGACCAAACGCCCGGUGGUAGGGUUGAGAUCGAUUGGGGCGGCUGCAAAGGAUGAAGGCCCGGGAAACAGGUGGGAAUCGCGAUUGAUAUCUCGCGAUACUUCCUUGGAGGACGCGGUGGCCAAGUUCGGCCUUGUAAACCCCAACUACUUCGGCCAACGGGCGAGAUCGCAUGUGUACAACUACUACAAGCAAGUGUCACGGCGGAGGCACCAGUACGGAGAUCUCCAAGCGAUGUCCAUGAUUCCUCUCACCCCUUUGGACCACAUGGGAGCACUCCCUGCCUACCAGGCCGGGCUUGAUGCAAUCAACACCGAGGACAUGGAACAAGCCUUGCACGAGAAAGCCGCCCGAAUAAACAUAUAUGGAAAUAGUGUCAAGUCGGAGAAGACCACACGACAUCAGCUACCUCCGUUGGCCACAACGGCUGCGGCUGGUUGGCAGAGCGAGUCAGGAGACAGGGGGUCGGGCGUGGACGAGGGUGAUGAACAUGAACGUAAAAUGGCGAAAGCUCUGGAGAACGACGACCGCCAAGUGAGGAACAGGUGGAAGCAGGAAGGAUUGAUUUAG